CAAUUUGAUAAAGCGCUCUGUCUGACAUUAAAACAAAAGAAAGCGAACAAAUCCUUGGGAGUCCGUCUUUGAAUUCGUCUCGUAGAAGCAGGAAAUUGGGAAAAGGAGUUGCAAUUGCAGACGAUGGAUUUCGACACGGAUAUGAACGACUUAGAUGAAGAUUCGGUAGAGCCGUGCCGGACCUGCGGCGUUUUUUUUACAAAGAGCCAGGAUCUGGAACGGGCCAUAGUAAAACCCAUAUUCCAUUCAACUUUGAUGGAUAAGACGGGUAAUGAUGUAGAUAUGCCGGAUAUAUUGCAACAGUUGCAAGCCUGGGAUAUGGAGGUAGUCAAAGACGAUGGCCGUCCACAAUACAUGUGCGUGGUCUGCAUAGCAGAAUUUCGAAAGGUGUUAAAAUUUAAACGCAGUUGCCUGGAGGCCCAGCAACAAUAUGAUGAAUUGGAACUGAAACCAUUCGAAAUGAAUAUUAAGAAAGAAAUUGAUGUGCCACCCGAACAAGAGGAGAAAUUUGUUGCAUUUGUCUAUCUGAGUGAUGAUGAAAGCUGUGAAGAAGAUGGCAGUACGAGAGUUCGUGCUGCUUUUGAUAUACCGCAUGUGCCUAUCAAGGAGGAGCACAUGGCCAGAGUGCCAGCACUAGCAGUAGAAAUGCCUAAUCCUAAAGUUCAGGCGAGCAAUGUGAAUAUAACGAAAUUUGAAGCUUCGGUGAAAUUAGAUGAGGCAAUCGAUAUCGUAGCAAUUGACGAUGAAAGCAAUGGUGAUAACGAAAAUGAUGAUGAUGAGGAGGAAGAGGAGGAUAUAAUAAAGUUCACCUACGACUACGAUAAUGGCAAUGAUGCCAAUCUAAGCUUGCCUAUACCACUCUCCGAGUCUAAGGUUUAUUGUAAGUUAUGCACAUAUGAAUCCUCGAAUCAGGAUCAACAUAUGGACCAUAUGCGACGUGUUCAUAUGCUUAAAGACUGUGAAUGCUAUAUCUGUGGCAAGAAAUUUAUAAAUGCUCCCGAGUCCCGAUUGAAAUUUCACAUGAAAUGGCAUAAAUUGCAAAGACAUAUGAAAUGCCCAAUAUGUGGCUUCUUUUGUAAUUCAAAGGAUACACUGAAAGAGCACAAUUUGGCCGUCCAUACGAAAACCAAAUGCAAGUUUUGUGGCAAAAAAAUGAAGCAUAAAUUGCUUCAAAGUCACCUUAAUGAGCAUCUAGAGGAACGCGAAUCCGAACUGGCCAAAAAGAUAAAUGAAGAUCCACCAACUGCACUUAGCUCCUCCUGCGUCAUUCAGUGUGCAUUCUGUGAAGAUACAUUUGGCAAUGCUCAAGAGUUACAAAAUCAUGUGCUGGCCACCCACAAAUCACUCAAAACAGAGCCUUCACCAUCACCACUACACUCUUUCACAAUUCCCAUGGAAACGGAUGGAAGAUCUGAGCUUGAACCGACGCUAGACGAAUCGCAAACAAGUCAAGAAUCCAUCAUUGAAUCCCAGUUGAAUUUAGGUCAUUACAAUGAUAGCCGACAAUACAAUAGCAACUUGGAAACCACUUCAACAACAGAAAUGUCUCCGUCCUCAUCAUCCACAGACAAAGCCUCCUACAAUUGUCCUAUCUGUGGCAAAUCGUUCAAUUUGAAAAUUAAAUUGAAUCGUCAUUUCAAAAAUCACACCAAGGAACCAUUUUGAUUUAAUUAAAAUUAUAUGUGUGUUUACUUAAUGGCAAUGCCAAAAGCCAACCAACUCUGAAUCCUAUUUAAAAAAAUGUAUUCCUAAACUAUAUAAAUCGGCUUGUUAAACAACAGCAGAUUAACUUUUUUUUUCAAAUUUCCAUUUAAAAAUUA